UAACGCGCUGAUAUAUGUGAGAAUUGUGCACUUGAGAUUUGAAAGUUUCCCUUGAUAUUAUUAAUGUUUAUGAGCAGAUUCGCGUGAAGUUAGGCUAACAAGACAUUUGGGUGGAGUGAACUGUUUGGCAUUUAGUUUUCCGUUAGCACAGCACACGUUAGAACAUUAAUAACCUUGGUAUACAUGUGAGCUUCCUUCAUACAAACAGAAGAAAUGGCAGGACUGGGUCGAGUCCUCAUGUCUGUUACUGCUUUGGGAAAGAAUCUGUCAGAAGCUACAUCAGGGCCAGUGUACAUGGUUUGUCGGAGCAAAUUUACAAGAUCUCGCAUUCCUCCACAGGUAUUUGAAGAGCAUUCUAAGGAACAUGAAAUGUAUGGCGGUGAUCCAGAGCAGCCACAUAAACUCCACAUAGUGACCCGGGUCAAGAGCACGAAGGGACGACCUUACUGGGAAAAAAAGGUGGUGAAGAGUUUGGGGUUACAAAAGUCACAUGAGCCCAGAGUACAUAAGAACACACCAUCGGUGAAUAACCAACUGAAAAUCAUUAAGCACCUGGUUAGGAUCCAGCCCUUGAAGCUUCCUAAUGGACUACCUUCAGAAGAAGAAAUGGCAGGCUCAUAUUUGAACAGUAAAGGAGAGCUGGUAAUAAAACAUCUUCAAAUGUCAGAAGCACAGAAAACCAUGGAGUCAUAAUUCCUCUCCUGUCUGUCUUGUUUUCGCUGUUUAUUAAACAUAAAAAUAAAAAACCUGUAA